UAUUAGAAAACAGAGGAGGUAGAAUAGGUCUUAGAUUCAAAACAAGAGCCAUCGACCAUGAAACUAGGGUUUGGCUUUGUGACUAUUUAUUUCGUGUAUCUAAAACACUUAAACACCCUCAUUGUUUUAUCCAGCAGACAAAAAACAACAUUGCCAAGAUAAAAUGCUGUCUUCACCAGCUUUUACUGUAGCAAGUACUACUCUUGGUCGUCGUCUUCAUGCGAAGAGACUAGCUUCUUCUGGUCGAACCGCUGAUCCGGAGAUUCAUGCUCGUAACGAUGGAGACGAGCCUGGUCUAUUUCCAUCAGACCCCGAAGGUUUGGAUGAUGUAGCGAAUCCGAAGACUCCAGCCGAUGAGGAUGUACCGGAUAUUCGACCACCCGGUUUUGUAAAGGAACCGCUCACGCCGCCGAAAAAUCCACGAGACACUUCACACAAGCUUGAAUCUACUCCUGUUGGUCUACCUGCAGAUCUCAAUUUCCAACAAAAACGAAACUAGCUAAUAGCAGCAAACGCCUUAGCCCCCUUGGCCUUCUAGAUAAUUUAUAGUAAACUGAACGCAUGAAAUUAAUGCUUACAUUUAAAGUAGCUUUGAUAAUAAAUUUUAUACUCUUUCUACUUUCUUGGGAUUAAAGAAACUAAUUUUACUCUAUUUUUGAAAUGAGGCGAGUCUUCGUAAUUGAGUUUAUGUGAUCUAUGAGAUUAUGCACAAAUAUUUGAUUCCAGGAUAAACGAUAAAUCGAUGAUAAGAGACAGUUUUCACAUGGUCCAUGGGUUUUAAACUUUUAAUUAUGUUCUUCACCAAGAUUCGUUAUGUUGCUAUUAUCCUCACAAGCUGUAAAUGUUAAAGAGAAUCACAUUCCAAAGUUGUUUGCUACUGAUGUGGUCUUAAUAAAAAUAUGGAAAAGUUUUUUUCGGACAACAUAGAAGAAAAAAAAAAUUAACAAAAGAGAAGAAAAAAAAACUUUGGAAUUGUUGUGAACUAUAUUAAAAGUUUGGAGAUAACAAUAUGUUUAUUAUGAAGAAUCAAAAGAGAAAGAGAUCUAGAAGAUGAAUGUAUAGAUUUGAAAGAAAAUAGAGAAAAAUUUAGAGAAAUA